AUGGAGCACCUUCGGCUCCCGCAUACGGAACACCUCAGGGACCCGGACGUGGAGCACCCCAGGGUCCAGGAUAUGGAGCACCUCCCGAUCCCGGAUACGGAGCACCUUCGGCUCCUGCAUACGGAGCACCUCAGGGUCCCGGACGUAGAGCACCUCAGGGUCCAGGAUAUGGAGCACCUCCCGAUCCCGGAUACGGAGCACAUUCGGCUCCCGCAUACGGAGCAUCUCAGGGUCCCGGACGUGGAGCACCUCAAGGUCCAGGAUAUGGAGCACCUUCAGAUCCCGGAUACGGAGCACCUCCAGGUCCCGGAUACGGGGCACCCCCUACUGCAGGUC